UAAAAGAGUAAAAGAUGUCAUCUUUUCGGCCAAGCCGAUGACUUUAAUGGUUCAAACCCAACUCACAAUCUUCCAUCUUUGAUGGGUAUUGUUGGAAAUUUGGAAUUAGGGUUGGUAGAGGCAGUGUGUGAUUGAAAGUUUAGGGCUCUGGGGAUUUUGGGGAUUUUUAUUUCUUUUGGUGGUAAGAAGCCAAUGCCAUUGGAGAAGGUUUAAGGGUUCUUUUGGUUGCAGUUUCAAGUUCCCAAUUUCCCAGUAGGAUUAAGAGGAGGAGGAAUACUUCUUACUUCAUGUCGUGGGCUGGGGCAGAAGAUACUUUCCUUUCCACUUCUCUUGCUACCUAUCUUGACAAAAAGCUUCUUGUCUUGCUGCGAGAUGGACGAAAGCUGUUGGGAUUGCUACGGUCUUUUGAUCAGUUUGCUAAUGUUGUUCUUGAAGGCGCAUGUGAAAGAGUAAUUGUGGGUGACCUUUAUUGUGACAUCCCAUUAGGUCUAUAUGUAAUCCGUGGGGAGAAUGUCGUCUUAAUUGGAGAGCUGGAAUUGGAUAAGGAGGAGCUUCCCCCUCAUAUGACUUUGGUACCAGAAGCAGAGAUAAAAAGGGCUCAGAAAGCAGAGAGGGAUGCGACAGAUUUAAAAGGCUCCAUGAGAAAAAGAAUGGAGUUCCUUGAUUUUGAUUAACUUGCCCACCCAUUUUAUCGUGGGUUCAGGCCAUGUCUGCGAAUUUUAGUGCGACAGUGACCCGAGGUUUUCACCUAUAUAGGAGUGCAAACAAGAAGAGAAGUCAUAUCAGUUCUGAGGACUCAUUGAGUGGAAGUUGUGUUCUGGGUCUACUAGAUGUGUGGCAAUGUCGAUGAUCUUUCCCUGUUUCAUUUGGAUUUGAUUGAUACGUGCAAGCAUGGUUUCGGGUUCUGCAGAACUGAUUCGGAAUUUAGAUUUGCAGUUGUUUCUCUGUUGAACAUAAUUAGUUUUGAUUUUCCAUGGGUUGUUAACCGUUGUGGAGGUACACAUUUCAUGGCACAUUCAGUGUUAUUACAUCUGUAAGAUAUUCAUGUUCAAAUCCUUAUUAUAUUUAUAUAA